AUGCUUAAGAAUAAGAAGAGAAAAGAAGGUUGUAAGAAGCGAUGGCGUCAAAAAACUCGAAAAGCCAGUGGGAACGAAGCCUCCACUGAGAUCAAGAAGGGGCUAUAUCAGUUCACUGCAAGACCUUCUCCGGUAUCCCUCUACGAUGAGUACAGACAACGCAAAAAGAAGAAAUAUCUCACUCCAGCCUCGAUCCUGCAGGCAGCCAACUUCAUUAAAGCCCCUGGUUUCCGUAUCUUCAACCGUCCCGAUAGUCACAUGACACCCAACCAAAGAGAAGAUCUCGAUUUCCUAGCUGGCUUCUUCCAUUCCCACAAGAAAUACGUGAAUCCAGUUUCCAACUUCAACUCGGCAUGUCUUGGUGGCAAAAUGAAUAUGCUCGGUUGGAGGAAAUGCAUGAAACCCAAUGAACGAGCUGGCCUGUUUUUAUCUCAGGCGAAAAUCAACAAGGAUGUUCAUGGCUUCACCUCUGUGGUUCGACAGGGACAUCAAGCUGGCGUCAUCAUCGGCAAAUCGUUCAAGGAUCUAGCCGACAAUGCUUUUGCAAAGAACCAUGACAUCAUGGUAGAAUACGACAUGCCCUCUUUUGGUGAUGCAACCCUAGACGAUCUCGAAGUAAACAAUUUUUCAGCAGCGAGUUCUCUAUCCUAUACAUACGGUGGAUUUUACAAUUCACCUCACACAGACGAUCAAGAUGUUUCAGAAUUCGCCUAUGUCCAAUGGAUCCCAACUUUUGCGAAGACUGGUAAGGUUGCUACUCAUGCUGAGGGGUUCAAUGUUGUUGGUGGCGAGUUUGUGUUUCCAGACUGUCGGUUCGGAUUAGGCUUUGAGAACUUGGAUGGGGUAGCGAGAAUGGUCUGGCGGUCUACUGAUUACAAGCAUUUCACCAUGUUUUCACAACCCAAUUCAACCUUCAAUCGCUUGGCUUUUUCGUUACAGCUAAACAAAAAGACACCACUGCAGAAAAACAAAAAAAAAACCUAA